AAACUGCUGCAGGUAAGGGCACUUUUUUAAGAAAAUGAUCCAAACUUAUCGAUCAGGGACUUUCAAGAAAUGUUAAUACCUUUUGGCUGAAGCACCAGUAAAGCCUCCAUGUUGGAAUAUUGCAUUUUCUUUAUUUUGAAUUUCACACAAAUCCUGUCAGGGUGCUGUGAAUUUCUUUUAAAUGUGUAAAUCUUUCCUCUACUGUAAAGUAAAAAACGCUUAAUCAAAAAAUAUGCUAAAAGUCAGACAGUCUCGUGAGUCAUGUACAAAUAUGACAAAUGUUGACAGUACAAUAAUAUAUAGUAUUGAAAUAGAAACAUUUAAAUAUUGACAAAAUGUCCACGUAAACCCAAAGCCACACCAAAAGGAAGAUUCCAGGAACAUAAUGGAAUACAUUAAUUUAUCGAUUGAAAUGUUGCCCCUCCACAUGCUGUUUCAGCUGCCUGAGUUUCUAUUUAUUGUAGAAUAGUACUGAGUUUUAUUGUUCCCCCGAGGCUGCGCUAGAAAUGCUUAUCUUCAUUUCUGUCCCGAGCUGAAAGGUUCCAGCCACCAGCAGCGGAUCCUGCCUCUGGAUUCCCCAGUCUCCCUGCUCCCAGGGAAUCCCCCCGGUUACACUGUGUUUGUGUUUAAGAGGCUAAUUUGAUUUCAAACAGACAGCUCCUCCCUGAAAACUGGGGAGACGAAACAAGAACAAAUCAAGUUAUGUUUGUUAAUCUUUGCUCAUUAACUCUCUACCACUCCCGUCCCCUGAGUUGGACUUCCUCUGCUCGUAUGGCUCGUACUGUGUAAUCAUUUCCAUGUUUCCCUCCUUUAUGAGUUACAUUUCAGUUUUUUAUAAUUUUUUUAUCCGUUAAUUAGCUGUGUCUUUCUUUUUUGCUUUUCCGGCUCCACUGCAGUACAUUCAGUGGUGUUCUCUUCCCUCCGUUACACUGCUGUGCGAGGCCAAAGCUCAGGUCGAUGUGAAAUUUCACGCUCUUCAGAUUCAGGACGUGCUUUCCUGAAAUCUCCACAGAGCUACUUAGAUUAACUCGGGCAACGAUAUCAGAUAUUGCCCCAGAACACUGCUUUGAAAAACAAUUUCAAAUAUUUCAAAUGCUGCCUUUAUGAAUUGAAUAAUGUCAAGCAAUGCUGAAAUACAAAGUGCUUCAUGAUAAUUUUAUCCCAUGUGGCUACAUACUGUACGUUUACAUAAUUAGCAGUUGUUGGUUAAGCUGAAGUCCCGUCUGUCCAGACAUCCAAAAUCAAGAGAUUUCCUGUCAGAGACGCGCUUGUCCUGAAAAGACAUGGUAAAUAAUAAAAUACAUUUAUGAGCUAAAGAUCUAUUCUACAAUGAAACAAUUAAAAGCGACGACACUUUGAUCCCUGCAGUCGUUAAAUCUUCCUUUGAUGAAUCCGUGUGCUCAUGUCAUGUCUGCACUCACACGUGAUUCCAAACCUGCUCCUGUCUCUGCAAACAAGCCCUUUGUUUCACUGUGUCACUUGCUGAGAGCAGUGCUCACCUUGCCAGAUGAGUAUAUACCUGAAGCGUAUUACCGGUACAGCUGUUGCAGGCAGCAUCUGCAGGAUCUAAUUACUACGUCUCUGUGCCUGUCAAAGAAAAUACUCUGUGACACUGUGACUCUCUCCAGGAGCCCUGAACAACAGCAAGGGGGGUCCGGUCCGUCUUGUUAGUGUGAGUGGAGGGACGAGGCGAAGGUAUUGUACAGAUAUGACUCAGGCCUGAAGUAUCUGUGAGAAGGAAAACCGAGAGGAAACAGAAUGGAACCUCUGAAUUCAUCCCACAGCACGAACGUCAGCAGUGUUGACAACCCCAGCCACUUCUCUGGAAGUCCGUACACGACUGUGGAGAUAGUGCUCAUCAUCCUGGUGGCUGGAUCUCUGAGUCUGAUCACAGUCAUCGGAAACAUCCUGGUCAUGCUCUCCAUAAAGGUAAACAGGAACCUGCAGACCGUCAACAACUACUUCCUGUUCAGCCUGGCCUGUGCAGACCUCAUUAUUGGCAUUUGCUCCAUGAACCUCUACACUGUCUACAUUGUGAUUGGCUACUGGCCUUUGGGAGCGGUGGUGUGUGACCUGUGGCUGGCUGUCGAUUACGUUGUCAGCAACGCCUCAGUCAUGAACCUGCUCAUCAUCAGUUUUGACCGGUACUUCUGUGUCACCAAACCACUAAGCUACCCAGCACGCCGCAGCACCAAGAUGGCGGGUCUGAUGAUCGCUGCAGCCUGGGUCUUGUCCUUCAUCCUGUGGGCUCCAGCCAUCUUGUUCUGGCAGUUCAUUGUGGGCGGGAGAACCGUGCUUCCAGGUGAGUGCUACAUCCAGUUCUUCUCCAACCCAGCGGUUACAUUUGGGACAGCCAUAGCAGCGUUUUACCUGCCAGUGGCCAUCAUGAUCCACCUCUACUGGCGCAUCUCCAAGGCCAGCCGCAGCCGCAUAAGGAGGGACAGCAGGAAGACCUCCGGUACCAGUUUGGGAGCAGCCCACUCUCACAGCCAGGAGGACAUAUGUGACACCCAGAACAACUGCACCGUGACAAGGGAAUCUCAGGAGGAGGCUGGAGAGGGGAAGGAGAAGGAAAUGUUGCAGCAGCAGAAUGGAAGUAGCCCCUGCAAGGAAGAAAGAACUGACCAGUUGGACUCAGAGAUCAUCCAAGCAUCAACAUCUAAAGAUAUAGCUGCUGUCCCUGCGUCAUUACGGACAGCAUCAAUUUCUGGAAGAAAGACAAAUCAAACACAGCCACCUUCCCCGCAGAACUCCGGCGCUGACAGGCAACGUUUGGUCACACGAACACUGUUUAAGGUAACAAAGCAGAAUGCGGUGGCAAAGUGGAAAAGGAAGGGUAUUUCAUCCAGGGAGAAAAAGGUGACGCGCACCAUCAUGGCCAUCCUGGUUGCUUUUGUUGUCACAUGGACACCCUACAACGUGAUGGUCCUGAUCAACACCUUCUGCUCCAUCUGCAUCCCAAACUCCCUCUGGACCAUUGGCUACUGGCUCUGCUACAUCAACAGCACCAUCAACCCCGCCUGCUAUGCCCUCUGCAAUGCCACCUUCAAGAACACCUUCAAGCACCUGCUUCUGUGCCAGUACAAGAACAUACGUACAGCAAGAUGAGGGCGAAAAUAGUGACUCAUGUGAUGGAGUCAAAAUAUAAUGUGAUGAUGAGACGACACACUAGUGAAAUAUAGACUAGGUGUGUUCUUAUUGUGCACUCCCACCGCCACCAAAUUUGAAAUAUGUAUUUUUUCUUAAAUUUAAAUAAUUUGGCAUUGUAUUAUUAUUCUCCAGACAAUGCAAUGUAGUGGGAAUGCCGUUUAUUGUGAAAAUGUCCAUUUGAAGGAGUGUCAUCUGUUUUUUUGAUUUGAUAGGAUUGCUCCUACAUAAGCUUGAGCAGUAUGGUUUUUUUUAACAUGCAACCUGUUUUUACCUCAUCAUUAAACGUGGAGUUAAAGUGAUAAAAGUAUUGAGUUAAGUCUAAGAUAAUAAGCUGCAGAUAAAAUACAAGGCGUUAUUAACAUGUUUUUGAAUAAAGCAACACUGAACUGUGAAACAGGAAAAUAUUAAAUCAAAUAAAACUGAAAAGAGAGAAAAUAAGUCGGUAAACUAAAAACAAGUGUGUGUGUGUGUGUGUGUGUGUGUGUGUGUGUGUGUGUGUGUGUGCGCGCGUUCGUGUGUGAGUGUGUGCUUGCGUGCAUGUGUGUGUUUGUGUGUACGCACGUUUUCUCGAUGGUUAGAUUUACUCUGUCAAAUUAUGCUAAUGACUAAUCUGUAAUUCAUGUUGUUGUCAAAUGAGCUCAAAUGUGAGAUUUGUCCAUAUGUUUCCUUCUUUCUUGGCAUAUUAUAUCUGUUUUCUGUAAAUAAAAGAGUUUAUGACAAAA